AACCCCAGCCCUCUCAAUACUUCUUAGGUUCCGAUAACACAAAAUCCUCUCAGCUAAUAUCUCAUUUCUCUUUCAUAGCCGGUGAUAGAUUUCCCUUUUUAACCCUCAAAAUGGCCGUUUCAUCAAGCUGUGCAAGGACAUUUCCGUCAUUCCAAUGCCGUUCCGAUCCCGACGGCGUUCCACGUCAUAACGACAUCCCUAACGUUCGCCGUUACGGAUCGCCGUUAUCGGUUCGCGGUGGUCCGUCCUCUUCUCUGAUCCUUAGGUUUCCGCCUAACUUCGUGAGGCAACUGAGCGUUAAAGCUCGUAGAAACUGCAGCAACAUCGGUGUUGCACAAGUUGCAGCUGCUUCCUGGUCGAACAACAACCGCGACUUUACUCCGGCGGCGGCUAAGGCUGUCGAUGCUGCCGCCUUUAUUGCUCCUCUUGUUGACGAGGAGGUGGUGGCGGAGGCUUGUGAUGUACAGAUUGAGGAGUUGACACGUGGAGGAUAUUCGUCGUUUUUGAGUUCUGAUGGAAGCAUCGCUAUUCAUGCCGGUGAACGGUUAGGACGUGGUAUUGUUACUGAUGGAAUAACUACCCCAGUGGUUAACACAUCUGCUUAUCACUUCAAGAAGACUUCUGACGUCAUUGACUUCAAGGAGAAAAGAAGUGCAAGUUUUGAAUAUGGGCGAUAUGGGAACCCCACUACUGUUGUUGCAGAGGAGAAGAUAAGUGCACUGGAGGGUGCUGAAUCAACCUUGUUAGUGGCAUCUGGAAUGUGUGCUAGUACUGUAUUGUUGAUGGCAUUGGUUCCUGCUGGUGGGCAUAUUGUAACAACAACAGACUGCUAUAGGAAGACCCGGAUAUUUAUUGAGACAAUACUGCCUAAAAUGGGAAUCACGGCGACAGUCAUUGACCCAGCUGAUAUUGGAGCUCUAGAGUCGGUGCUAAAUGAGAAGAAAGUGGCUGUUUUCUUUACAGAGUCUCCAACAAAUCCAUUCCUGAGAUGUGUUGACAUUGAGCUUGUUUCAAAGCUUUGCCAUGCAAAAGGAGCAUUAGUUUGCAUAGAUGGGACGUUUGCAACUCCACUUAACCAAAAGGCCCUUGCUCUAGGGGCUGACCUCGUUGUGCACUCUGCAACAAAAUACCUUGGUGGCCACAAUGAUGUUCUUGGAGGUUGCAUUAGUGGUCCUGAUAAGUUAGUUUCAGCAGUUCGCACCUUGCAUCAUAUUCUGGGUGGUGCUAUCAAUCCUAAUGCUGCGUAUUUGAUCAUCAGAGGCAUGAAGACAUUGCAUCUUCGUGUACAGCAGCAGAACUCAACUGCACAAAGGAUAGCCGAAAUUUUAGAGGCUCAUCCAAAGGUGAGAUGUGUCUAUUAUCCAGGCUUGCCAAGUCAUCCUGAGUAUGAUCUUGCCAAGAGACAAAUGACUGGUUUUGGUGGUGUGGUCAGCUUUGAGGUUGAUGGGGAUCUGCUGACUACUGCAAAAUUUGUUGAUGCUCUAAAAAUUCCUUAUAUUGCUCCAUCAUUUGGAGGUUGCGAGAGCAUUGUGGACCAACCAGCAAUUAUGUCUUACUGGGAUCUUAGCCAGUCAGAUAGAGCGAAGUAUGGUAUCUUGGACAAUUUGAUUCGAUUCAGCUUUGGAGUAGAAGACUUUGAAGACUUGAAAGCUGAUAUUCUUCAGGCGCUGGAGUCCAUAUAGGAUGUCUUACCUGCAACCUAAUUUCUUUUUUAUAUGAACCUUUUCUUUCCCCUAGCUUUGAACUACUUUUUCAUCUCUAAUUGUUGGAGUAUUCACUUCCCUAGUUGUCAGAAUGUAUUGAAAGGAUCAUUGAGCAGAUGAUGCAAUCUAAUGUGAGAGUGUAAUGUCAUUGUUGUUUC